AUGUGGCACAAGGCGCUUUGGAGUGCCCUGGAGUACACUUGCCGAUUGCUGGGCAUCUCCACCGCAGCAGUGCUGAUUGGUGUGGGCGUAGAAACUCUGCAGCGAGGACAGUUCAAAAGCCUGGCUUUCUAUCUGCUUUUUUCAGGGGUUGCAGUUACUGUCUGUGAAGGCUUCUUCUUUAUCAGUUUGUUCCUGGAGAUGUGCUUCACAUAUGAGCCUGACUCCCUGGUACAGGCCUGCUGGAAGAGAGCUAGACACCCGGGGAGCUUCCAGAAAUUCCUGGGGUACACACUGCUAUCAGUGGCUUGCUUCCUGCAUCCUGUCCUUGUCUGGCACGUCACUAUCCCUGGGUCCAUGCUGGUGCUCACCGCCCUGGCCUACUUCUUGCUGAGCAAGAGGAGGAAGAGCCCAAGGCACAAAGAGACAUCAGGCCAGUACGUGGAUCCUUCAGCAACCGUGGCAGCCCCAACCAUUGCUGGUGAUACUGAGCAGACCUACACCUUCCACGGGGCCCAGAGGGAGCAGCACUGCUCGCUGCUGGGCCACAUGAAGAGCAUCCUGAAGGGGGACAAGGACAAGAGCCUGGCCACAGCAGCUCCUGCCCAAGCAGUGGCUCUUCCAGGCCCACGCAAGCAAGUGCACUUCCAGGAGAAGGUGGUGCAGAUCAUCCCUUCUGUCAGCGAGAGCUUGGAGGACGUGGAGAGCGAGGCUGAAGAGACCACGUCGGACACAACACCUAUCCUCACCCCGCCCGAUGCCCCUGUCGUCCUCACUCCCCUCAGCCCCACAGGCCUCUUCUGA